UUGUGCCUGCACCCACCGGGAGCGAAGCCACGACAACUCUAAAACCGGGUAGCUGUGAUGCAUAUUUAUUAGAAAAAUGCGUAGGCUUAGAAAGAGAAAUGAAAAAAGAAGUAGCUGAUCAAGAAUGCAAAGAUGAACCUAAAAUGAUUGAAUGCUUUAAAAAAGUGAAAAAACUGUGUGAAAAAGACACUGUCGGUGUUGAAAAUUUAAACAUAGCAUUGGCUAAGUUAGAUGAAAUGACUAAAACAUGCAUUGAUUUGAACAAGGCAGAGAAGGAAGAAGCCGAAAGCAAGAACAAAUCAGCAACAACUACCAAGUCUCCCAAAGGAUAGUAAUGGUUAUACUUCAAGCAUACAGCACAUAUUCCUACCUAACCGUACACAAAGGAAAGAAGAAAACGAAAAUGUUUUGUGCUGUUUUGGCUUUUGUGAAAUUAAAUAUUUUGACAUGAAAA